AUGGCAGAGGCCGUUAUGUCUAUCGAUGAGGCCACGCUGGCGGAUAUCAUGGUCAGCUUCAAUCUCGUCACCAUGCUCGACAUAAACCCCGAGGACUACCUGGGUUUCGGAAUGAGGAAUUCCGAAAUCUACAGAAAGAUGUUCUUGGAGAAGACCAGCAGGUUAAACCCGGUGGAGAGGACCAUGGUGGUAGUGUUGGCCACCGCUGUGAAGAACCGCCGACGCAUCCUCUCCGCUCUGGGGAAAUUUGCCUCGCGACCCUGGCACGACCCGGACAGAAACUACUUCAGGAACUCCACCUUCGUAAAACUUGUGAACUUUAUACGAGCAAGGGGACUUCAGCACCGUCAGUUUAUUGCGUUCCUGGAGGAAACUGAUGCGGAUCAUCAGGACUUGCUGUACCACUCUCGUGUCCGCUGGUUAAGUUUGGGGAAAGUGUUACAACGAGUGUGGGAGCUGAAAGAUGACAUCAUCGCAUUUUUGGAGUUGAUGGGGAAAUCUGACGAAUUCCCUGAGCUAAGCGACAAGAACUGGCUUAGUGACUUUGCGUUUGCUGUGGACAUAUUGUCACACAUGAAUGAGCUGAAUGUGAAACUGCAGGGGAAAGAUCUGUUUGUUCACGACAUGUACACACAUGUGAAAGCCUUCAUAUCCAAGCUCACUUUGUUCUCCAGACAAAUUGCGAACAAAUCUUUCGCUCAUUUCCCCACACUUGCCAUGCAGGAAGAGGCACCGCGAAACGCAAAAAAAUACAGCAAAUCACUUGAGGACCUGCAUGGAGAAUUCUGCCGUAGGUUCUCUGAUUUCGAAAAAAUUGAACAGUCACUUCAGCUGGUGUCCUGUCCCCUGUCACAAGACCCUGAAACAGCACCAGAGGAGCUGCAGUUGGAACUGAUAGAUCUUCAGUCUGACUCCGUCCUAAAGGAGAAGUUCAACUCUGUUAAACUGAAUGACUUUUAUGCUUCACUUAACAGAGCCACGUUUCCAAACCUCCGGAGGACUGCACAGAAGAUGCUGACUUUAUUCAAGUGA